AUGUGGGGAAAGGUAUUCGUAGCUGCUUUCGUCGUCUUCCUCACGACGCGGAUUCUUCGCUUUCGUGCGAAUCUCAAGACUGUUGGAAACCUCCCUGGUUUGCGCAGUAUAUUCAAUCCUUUCUCUCUACCCGGUGCCAUUACCCCUACGUUUUACCUGAAUGCGGGGCUCAAUUGGCAUUGGUUGUGGCGCAGAUCCAUUUACAAGUACUAUGGAAAGCAAACCAUCUCAUGCGUACCUGUGUUGCAUGGCGCACCAACUGUCUACACGAUCUCCCAGGAUGUAGCAAAACAGAUUCUUACCGCCGGCCGUGGUUUCUUCAAGUCUCCCGAGUCCACCGCGGCGUUAAUGCUGUGGGGAGAUAAUGUGGUAUCCUCCAAUUACGAUGCCUACAAGAAACAUCGUCGUAUUGUAGGCCCUGCAUUUACUGGAGCUACGUAUGCCUUCGUUGCGAAGGAAACGGUCCACCUGUAUUAUGAGAUGGUUGAUGGAGAGGAUUGGUCUCAAAAACAAGUUGUCAUCAUAGACUCCAUUAAUCGAUAUCUGUCAAAGUUUGCACUCGGGAUUGUGACGAGAUGUGGAUUCGGACUCCCUUUUACAUGGGUCGCGUCCACGGAAGAGGCCGAUGAGUUGUCAUUUGACAAAGCCCUCGCGAUCGUCUCGGAGGGUGCGGUUACGCGCCUUGCAACGCCAGGGUGGGCAUACAAGCUACCCAUGGAAAAGCUUCACGAACUAGAUAACGCGUAUCGCCAGCUCUCCGCGUUCAUGAGCUCCUUCGUUACAAACAAAAAGGAAGAACUUUCUUCUUCCGCUGAUCCCGUCGAGGGCGCCGGCAGUGAUCUCUUCACGCGCCUGGUGACCGCGAGUGAAGCCGAGGGAAAGGAUGGGCUGGCAGAGUCAGAGCUUAUUGGAAACAUAUUCACUUUUAUGUUUGCCGGGCACGAAACCACUGCUCAUACUCUUGCCGCAACGGUAGCGAUGCUUGCCUUACAUGAGAAGGAGCAAGACGAUGUGUACAAACACAUCCAGGAAGUUCUACCGAAUGGCCGAGACCCGACGUUUGAAGAUUAUGCUCGCCUCGACAAAGUUCUAGCCUGUUUCCAAGAAUCUGCGCGGCUCUUCCCCGCGGGCUUCGUGGUCACCAGAGACACAACAGAAACAGUGACACUUAAAAUACCCCCUGAAGAUGGCGGCGGGACCCUCGUCCUGCCUCCGGGUGUGCGCAUCAUCAUCGACAUGAUAGGCCUCCACUAUAAUCCUAACCUGUUCCAGGAUCCGGAGCGAUUCGACCCCUCGCGCUGGCUCGGCAUCGCAGAGAGCGAGCUAUCGUUCUUCGGGCUCGGCCCACGUGCGUGCCUCGGGCGUAAGUUCGCGAUGACAGAAGCAGUGUGUUUCCUCACGCUCCUCGUGCGUGACUGGGAGCUUGGUGUUUCGCUCGGAGAGGGCGAGUCGAAGGCGCAGUGGCGCGAGCGCGUCAUGCAGGGUCGGAUGUUGGGGCUUACGUUUGGCGUACCGAACAUCCCGGUGCGGCUCAGACGCAGACGGGCCACUUGA